AUGUCCGCUGGGUGGGCCAUUUUUGAUUCCCUGUUCUCAUCUAUCCUGUCGAGAAUACCCACCCUGCGUGAGCUGUACAAGGCGUCAGCUCUUGGGGCGAUCGAGCAACGAUACCAGCCACAGGAUGCAUACUUGGACAGGGUGUCUUUGUACCAGGGAGACAUCACAAAACUUGAUGUAGAUGCUAUUGUCAACGCAGCAAACCAUUCUCUACUAGAUAAUGCAGUCGAUGGCGCCAUCCAUGCCGCGGCGGGAUUCGGACUGCUGGACGAAUGCCGUACUCUGAACGGUUGCGAAACGGGGAACUCGAAGAUUACGAAAGGUUAUGAUCUACCUGCCAAGCAUGUCAUACAUACUGUGGGACCAAUCUACUCUCGCUCCGACUCGGACACAGAGGAGACGGCGCAGCAGUUGCAAUCGUGCUACAAGACGAGCUUGCAGAUAGCAGUGAAGAACUCUCUCAGACACGUCGCUUUUCCUUCAGUCUCUACUGGCAUCUACGGAUAUCCGAUCGUAGACGCCACCCACAUCGCUCUGGAUACUGUCAGGCAGUUCUUAGAUUCAGAGAGUGGUAAAAUCCUGGAGCGCGUCAUCUUCGUUGUUUGGAGCGACAAGGAUAAGGGUGUCUACGAGGAUCUGAUUCCUCAGUACUUCCCUGCGUCUGAGCAAGAAUGACUGCCUAGGAAACAUGCCCUGUGAUACGGCCUCUUUGCCAAAUGCAUGCAGAUGCCCUGUAAGGCUGUUUCUGGGACUCAAAUGACUGUAUCCGACUGUGCAUAUACGCUCAUCCUCAUUCUAAUCGUACUCCCAUCCUUGCGCUGCAAGCCUCGUGGCCCUGAGCCUGUGGCGUUGUACCCCGCAUGCACCCACACGCAGCAACAAUAUAUGAUCCUUGCUUUCUCCGAUAGGUUUUGCUGCUUUGAAUCCGAGCUCAAGGGUCUCUUGCAAUGUCUGUUACUCUCGACCCGGAUCAAUGGCGGGAGCCACGGGCCGCGAAACUUGUUAUGUCUCCCCGCAUGACCUGCGGAGCAGCCAACCAUCGGUCUACCCGCUUCUUCACGUGCGAGGGUCUGUGGCGAACCUACCGCCUCGGAGUCAAUUCCGAGUCUUGGACUCUUGGUGUCUCACAGCAUACCUAUUACAUAGGUCCUGUGAUCCAGAGUAACCUA